AUGGCGGAGAACGACGUAGAUAACGAGUUGUUGGAUUAUGAAGACGACGAAGUGGAAAACGCAGCGGGGGGCGACGGGGCCGAGGCGCCGCCCAAAAAAGACGUGAAGGGAUCGUACGUCUCCAUCCACAGCUCCGGUUUCCGCGAUUUCCUUCUCAAACCCGAGCUGCUUCGCGCCAUUGUCGAUUGCGGAUUCGAGCACCCCUCCGAAGUGCAGCAUGAGUGCAUCCCGCAGGCCAUUUUGGGCAUGGAUGUGCUCUGCCAAGCUAAAUCCGGGAUGGGCAAGACGGCCGUGUUCGUUUUGGCUACACUUCAGCAAUUGGAGCCCGUCACGGGGCAGGUGUCGGUGCUGGUGAUGUGUCAUACGCGGGAGUUGGCGUUUCAGAUCAGCAAGGAGUAUGAGCGGUUUUCUAAAUAUAUGCCGAGCGUGAAG